GUUGGCCGAGGGAGCGAGAUGGACGAAGAUCCGUAUGCCCAAGAGGAAGCACGGGAGCGCGAAGCUCUCAUGCGGGUAACCUUCCAGCCCAUGAAGAAGUGGUACGUCGAGCAAUCGGAACAUGCCAAGACAUAUGGACCGUUUCCGUUGUUUUGGCAAGAUUUGAAGACGUGGAGUCCAUAUCGCGCCGUGCAGCGCUUGUUCCUCAAGGCCACUGAAAAGACCACUGAAAAGACCGGCGACGACCAACCAUCGCAUGAGGAAGAAGUUGUUCCCGUGGAGGUUCCUGUGGAGGAGGAUGCAGAAACGAAGGGAAAACGUCGUCGGAAGAGCAAAUGGGACCAGGACGGCGACGUACAGAGCAACGAAGCCGCGACGACGACCACCGCACCUCCGACAAGGAAAAGUCGCUGGGGAGCGGCGGUGGAGACGACAGAAAUAGUAGACGAAGCACCCAAGAAGAAGAGCAGAUGGGCACCUGUGGGGCAGGCUGGAGGCGACGGCGGGCCAGCCCUAUUGUCCGCGGCCGAGCAGCAGUCGAUUGUAUUGCGCGCAAAGUUGGACGCGCUGGCGUUGAAAAUGGCGACGGUGGUGCAGGACGCGGCGAUCAUCGGGAAGGAUCCGAACCGGUCGCCGUCCCCGCCCCCCGUAUACGACUCGAUGGGGAAGAAGCUCAACACGCGGGAGGCGCGCAUGCGGGCGUCGUACGAGAGCCAGCGGAUGGACAUCAUCGGUCAGCUGGUGGAAGUAAACCCACUGUUCAAGCCCCCGCCAGAGUACCUUCGCGCGCGACUGCAGCGCAAGCUCCCGAUUCCCCACAAAGAGUACCCGACGUACAACUUUAUCGGGCUGAUCAUCGGGCCGCGCGGGAACACGCAGAAGCGCAUGGAGAAGGAGUUCAACUGCCGCAUUGCCAUUCGAGGGCGCGGCAGUGUCAAGGAAGGCUCCAAGGGCAAGAAGAUGAUGUCGGACGACCACGAGGAGCUGCAUGUGCUCAUCACGGGCGACCGCGAAGAGGACAUUGCGCGCGCGGCGGUCGAAGUGGCGCGGCUGCUGGAACCUGUUGAAGACACCAACAAUUCGCACAAGCAAAAGCAACUGCGCGAGCUGGCGCUGAUCAACGGCACGCUGCGGGACGACGACUACUGCCACAUUUGCGGGGAAAAGGGCCAUCGCCAAUGGGAAUGUCCGAACAGAGACAAGUCGUUCAAACCCGUCGAGGUGCGCUGUGCCAACUGCGGCGACACGAGCCAUCCCACGAGCGAUUGUACGCAAAAGAGCGGCGGCGAAGACAAGGCCACGAUCGACAAGGAGUACCUGUCGUUCAUGGAGCAGCUUGGCGAGUCCAAGCCCAACGUUAUCUCACACGCCAAUGUCGUCGCUGCGCCUAGCAACACGCCGGGGACUGCAGCGACGCCAGCCCCUGCUGCUGCGGCUGCUGCGUUUGGGAGCACCCCCGAAACCGCCUUCCCACCGCCCACCGCGGCGGCUGCGGCGGUGGAUUAUGCUGGAUAUUAUGCGCAGCAGCAAUGGGGCCAGCAAUGGGCUGCGUCUCCAGAGGUCGCGGCAUACUAUGCCCAGUACUUUGCGGCCGGAUGGACGUUGCAACAUGGUGUGUGGUACGACGCGAUGGGCGUGGCCCAAGGCUAUGCCCAGGAAGUGCCGCAAGAAGCAGCAGCAGCGUACGCACAGGUUGACCAAACGCAGCCGCCGUCGACUGACGCAAUUAAGGACUCCACCGACACAGCACAAGAUGGCGUGACUAGUUCGUAACAAGUCGAAUGACUGUCAAAGUUGUUUGGUCACAGUUGACGUGGAUGGCAUGGUGUGUCAUCUACAAGGUCCUGCGUAGAGCUGCAUGCAAUCCUACGAUUAUAAAGAGACACGAGUCGUCUUAUAAAGUGACACGAGUCCACCGCGGCUCCGUUGACACCUUGGA